AUCACGAGGGAUUGGUGACAUCAGGCCCAAUCCUGUGCCGACCUCAUCUGAAAGCCAGCACCGGGGAUCAGCUGGGAUGAAGAGCAGUGGGGCAGCACAGAUCAAUCAGUGAGCAGAAACGAUCGGACUGCAGUGAGGCACACAGUUGAUGAGCUCUUAGGAGCCAGCAUAUUUCUCUGAUUGUUGGGGACCCCGCCAUUCAACAGCCAGGAUGGCUCGGGAUAUGUCAGAUAAGGAAAUCUUGAAAAUGGAGCUAGAACAGUUGAAGAAGGAAGUUAGCACACCUAGGACACCAGUGAAUGCAAACUGUGCAGACACAAUUGCUUUUGUGGAGGGACUGGCCCCGAAUGAUCCGCUGAUUAAGGGUGUUCCCGAUGACAAGAACCCUUACAAGGGAGACAAGGGCGGCUGCAUAAUAACAUAGCACAUAGAAAUCCAAGGAAAAGUCACACAGUUUUUUAUGAGAGUUGGUUGCAUUGCUGUGAUAUUCCUGUAGCCUUUGUGGAUAAAAUGUACAGUAGAAAGAAAACUGAAAUCUGUAAUGGAUAAUUCCAUCAUUGGAUUUCUGUAUGCACCUGUGGAUAUGAAAAUAUUUCUUUGUCAAUUUACAAUUAAAUCCAAAUAGCUGUGCAAAGCUUCAACCUGA